AUGGAUACAAAACAACAAGGAUUGAUCAUGACAGAAUGUGCAUUGACACCGAAAGAAAAUCGAGAACAAUUGACCAUGUUGUGUUUUGAAAAGUUCUGUAUUCCUGCCAUGUAUUUGGCCAAUAGAAAUGUCAUGUCUUUAUAUGGAAAUGGUUAUGUGACUGGUUGUUCGGUAAAUUCUGGUGACUCUAUUACGACCCUAGUUCCAGUGUAUGAAGGUUUUGCAUUAAAACAUGCCUCUAAAAGAAUGGACAUUGGUGGACAUGACUUGACCAUGUAUUUGAUCAAGUUGUUAAUAUCCGAAAAAGGAUAUCUAAUGACAGGUGGCAUGUCCCUCAUUCCAAUCAUUCAACACAUUAAGGAAACACUUUGUUUUGUCAGCAAUGAUUUCGAAAGAGAAAUGAAUAUGUCCAAAAGCAUUGAAAAAACCUAUGAACUUCCCGAUGAAAUGCUCAUCACUCUCGAUAAGGAAAGUAUUCAAACAAGUCAACCUCUCUUCGAUCCCAAUUUCAUUCCAAGAGACAACGACAUGGAUGGACUCCAUUCAGAAAUUUAUCAUUCCGUCUUGAAGUGUGAUCUCGAUUUACGAAAAGAAUUAUUUUCAACAAUUUCACUUUCUGGAGGAAAUUGUCAACGGCAUGGAAUUGAAAAGAGAUUGGAACGAGAAUUACAAUUACUGGUUCCUCCUUCUUUGAUUCAAUGUGUGAAAUUGGUGGAUGAGAGAUCUCGACCUCAUUGUAUGGAUGUAAGUCAUAUUGUUCAUAGGAAAUGGUUUUAA